AUGGCAUCCACCAGCCAAGCCAAACCAGUGUAUUACGAAGAUCCUCCGCCCGGUGCUCUUAACGAAGAUGAAUUUUUCUGUACGGAGAGAAUAGUACCGCGUAAAAUCAAGCCUCAAAAUUUAGUGAUACGACUUAUGGAUAGAGAAAUUUACGGUUCACGAAAACCUGGCUCUCACUUUCAUGUCGUUCGAGAGUUUUAUCAAAACGUGUUUCCGAAUUUGACUAUUGUAAAUGUAGAAAAACCACCAUGUUUCCUGAGGAAAUUUAGUCCAGAUGGAAAGCAUUUCAUCGCAUUUUCUGCUGACCAAACAUCUCUAGAGAUUUAUGAGUACAGAGGUGCCUCUGCUGCUGGAGAUCUAGUUGCAGGAUAUCCUUCAGAUUUACUCAAUGCUGAUGCUGAUGCACACCAUAGAAUCAGAACUCACAUUUUUUACAGGUUUUUUAAGCCAAAGUUUACAGUAAAUGUGUGUCAGCAAAGAGAAGUGCAGAGGUCUGAACGCAAUGUUGGUCACAUGCCUGUCAUGGACCAGCAGUUGAACAGAGAGUGCAGUCUGUUCACUGAGGAUGGAAGAUAUGUCAUUGUGGGUUCAGCAGCACACAUUCCUGAUGACCUCAGACCACAUUUCUAUCAUAUCCAUAGCAAUAAUGAAGCUGUUACUCCUACUAUUAGAUCAGCUCUAGAAGAUUAUUCCCUCCAUCUUGUGGACUUACAUCAAGGCAAGUUAUGUGACACGAAGCAUUUUAGAAUUGAUAAAAUUUACCUGUCACACAAUCAAGGGAUUUAUUUGUACAAAGAAGUCCUAGCAGUUCUAUCAGUACAGCAUCAAACAAUACACUUGUUCCAGAUUGUUGAAGGCAUGCUCAUUGAAAUAAGAAAAAUAGGCAGAUUUUGUUAUGAUGAUGAUCCGUUUAUAGUGAACUCUGUUUUUGUGCCAUUAACAAAUGAAAGACCCUUUCAUGAAGAAACUAUUAAUAGCCUAAAACACAGAUUACUUGUUUUCCUGUUUAAAAGGGCUAAGACAAUCAGUGAUGAAUCUAGAGACCCACUUGAAUUAAGGAAGUUUUACAAAUAUUUUGAUAUGUUCAAAAGUCUUCGGAUGUGGAAGAUGCAGUUGUUAGAUGAGGAUCACCUUUUUAUAAAGUAUGCCAGCGAAGAAGUCGUAACAUUGCGUGUGGCAGAACCUAACAGUCAGUCAUCGUUUUUCGUCAUUUACCAAAUAAGUGAAAGCAAAAUAUUAGAAGUCUAUGAGAACACAUCAGAAGGUCUUUUACAGCUUUUUGAGAAUUACUGUGACUGCUUCAGAAAUGCCAGACUAUGCGCCGACUCACAGUUCACUUGUUCACCAUCUAAUAAUCUUUAUGCUAGGCUUACACAACAAAGAUUUAAACAAACUAUAGUUAGAGCUAUUUAUGGAGGUCGGACCGAAGCCACGAAGAGAAUUCUAGCGCAGCUUCCUAUCAGCGCGCAGUCUUAUAGUGGAUCUCCAUAUUUAGAUCUAGGACUAUUCAGCUAUGAUGACAAAUGGGUCUCUGUUAUGGAGAGGCCAAAAGCGUAUGGAGAAUAUCCCAUAAGAUUUUAUGCACGUGACUCGGGAUUACUAAAAUUCAAGAUUUACGCAGGCGUUUUAGGACAGUCAGUGCCAGCAAGUGCGCGAAGACUUGUCGCAUUCACAUUCCACCCAACCGACCCAUUCGCCAUCAGUGUACAGAGAACGAACUCGGAAUAUAUUGUGAAUUUCCAUAUUAGAAACGCGGUGUUUAGUUAA